AUGACGACUAGCACUGGGGAAGAAAGUGUCGAUGCGGAAGUCUUCAGGCCUGAGAAGGCUCCGCUUCUGGAGAGAAGGCAAUCCGAUGAUCACCACGAUCAACCGUCCCCGUCAUACUCAGCUGGACCAUCCGGCACUCGCGACGAGGGACCUCUCAUCCGACGCUCGUCUACCAUCGUUCCGGCCCGCAAACCCGUGGACUGGGCGAACAACACCGCAGAUGCUAUUAGAUGCAGCGUUCUGAAUGAUCGACCGGCCACAUGGACGGUGAAGAAAAAGAGAGGCAUGGCGCUGUGUCCCUUGGCUGCCGCCGUUUUAGUCCGCGAGGGCAUCCUCACCACCAAACAACUCGAGCUUGUACCAUCACUCCUUGAACGUCCAUCUUCUCCUUCUUCUUCACGAACAAACCCACAUAACCCCACAGAUCCCUUGUCAGCCGUCAUCAUAAGUAGUUAUGAUGUUCUCGGAGAUAUCUUGCUUGGGGCUGCUGGCGGCCCGGUAGAAGUAGCGCGCAAACUUGGGCCUCUGGCACGGGAAUCAGAACGGAACGAAGCGCUGGCUCGGGAAUCACAGGCAUCGACGUGGGCGCGGGAGAACGAGCGGUCGACUGAUAAUGCACUGAUGGUUGGUCCGAAAGCACUGGUGCACUAUGGCGUCGGCACGUACAAGGGUUGUCGAAAAAUCGUGGAGACAGCCAUCAAAACUCCAAUGACCUAUACGCAUAGCUUGACGAGAGGAUUUCAUAACGCGCCGAAGCUGUAUGGGGAGCAAUUGAGACCUCGCGAAGAGGUUGUCGACCUGAAGAGUGGAUUUGUAGUAGGAGGAAAGACGCUUGUACUGGGUACAUAUGAUGGUGUCAAAGACUUCUUUUGGAUGCCAGUCAAGGGUGCGCAAAAGGAAGGCAUUGCCGGAGUCGGUAAAGGCUUCUGCAAAGGAUUUGGAAACCUCACGUGCAACUUCGGUGAAGCUGCUGUCGGAAUCGUUGGAUAUUCCUUUUACGGCAUCUACAAAGAGAUCCAAAAGUCGGCUUCGGGAGGAAACCUACCGGCUAGGAAUGUAGUGUUGACGCUGGGCGAAGCUGAGUUUGAACAAGCCAACGAGGAGGAGCGGCGCAACGUCAUCAAGCGGUGGCUUCAGGUGCAAAUGAGGCAGAAAUGA